AUGUCUCCAACCCCCUUCCUCCGUCUCCUCCGCCUCUCAACCAUCACACGCACAAGGUCCCCCCUCAUUCCUCGUACCCUCCUCUCCGACCAACCCCUCAUCACCCGCUCCUUCACCAACACUCCCACCCUCCUCCUCCCCCGCAAAGACUCCCAACACAAAGACAGCAUCGACACGACGGCAACCGAAUACUCCAAAUCUGGGAGUGACGAUGCGGCCGCACGCGAAGGAUCCGCCGCAUUCGAUCCUUCCAUUACAUCUCCGGAGUCUGAGAAGAGUGAAGCGGGGAAAGGAGGAGAGGGGAAUCCGUUGGAUGUGAGUCCGGCGAAUCAGGAAGUGAGUAAGCCGAGGGGGGGACAGGAGGGGGGGGCGGAGAGGAGUCCCGGGGAUAGGAAUGUGAGUGGGAGGAAGGGGAGUGGGUUUGGGGGGAAGUAG